AUGGAAACCGCCAGAGGGAAGACUCGGCUGGCCAAGUGGUACGCGCCAUACACGGACGAUGAGAAAGUGAGACUCAAGGGCGAGGUCCACCGCCUCAUCGCGCCUCGCGAUCAAAAGUACCAGUCUAAUUUCGUCGAAUUCCGACGCAGCACAAAGAUCGUUUAUCGUCGUUAUGCAGGGCUUUUUUUCUGCGCAUGCGUUGACGCGAAUGAUAAUGAACUAGCAUAUCUCGAAGCGAUUCAUUUCUUUGUGGAAGUUUUGGAUCAGUUUUUUGGGAAUGUGUGUGAGUUAGACUUGGUGUUCAACUUCUACAAGGUGAGCGGAACUGCUCUGUCUCGAGUUUACGCAAUUCUUGACGAAGUUUUUCUCGCCGGUGAGAUUGAGGAGGCGAGCAAACAAGUCGUUCUGACGAGAUUGGAGCAUCUGGAUAAACUCGAAUGA